CAGUAGUGUACUCAGUAGAGUGAGUGAGUCAUCACGGGAAAUAAAGAAAGAAGAACAAGUGCUACUGUCACUUCUUUCUUUAUGAAAAAACUACUUUUGAUUUUAACAUUUUCAAUUGAUACUGAAAAAAGAAAGAAAGAUUUUAAAGGGACACUUUUUUGGUUUCUCCUUUUCCUUAUGUGAAUGUGACAAUGGAAGCCAAGUCUCUUGAAGCUGUUCCCCCUUCACACAACACUUCUGGUGGACCCCAGAAGAAGAUUGACAUGGGACAAAAGAUGGAUGGUGGUGGUGGUGUUGGAGUGAUCAAAGAAGAGAAGAAGAACACAACAAGUUUUGAAACACUGAAGAGAGCAGAAGAGGAAGAAGGAGGAGCAAUAAGAAAACCUGCUAUGAACAAAGCAUGGCAACAACAAGAAGAUAGGUGCUGUUGUUUAUUGUUCACAGAAGCUCAAAGGCGUGAGCUUCAUCAUCAAGUUCUUACCUUCAACUACUUUGCUUAUAAUCUCCCUCUUCCUCUUCCUCUUCCUCUCCCUCACCCUCAUCAUCACCUUGUGCUACCCUUUGGUUCUGGCUUUGGUGUUUUUCAUAAGCAAUUUCCAAGCUAUAUGUCAGGAGAAUACAAUCACUACCAAUGUUUUGACUAUGGAAGUAUGAUGGAUCCUGAACCGAAUAGGUGUAGAAGAACCGAUGGAAAGAAAUGGAGGUGCAGCAAGAACACAGUACCUUAUCAUAAGUAUUGUGAACGACACGUGCACAGAGGCCGGAACCGUUCAAGAAAGCCUGUGGAAACAUCCAAAGUUGUUAACUCAAAUUCGAUAACAAAGCCUUGUAGCAAGCUACAUACUGCUAUAGCCUCAAACACAAAAUCUGCUGUUUCAAUUCCAACACCUAAGGUAACAAACUUUGGCAACAGGACAUCGGUUGCUUCGGAUAACAGAAGUAGCCGAGAUUUAUGCAAGAAGGAUAACCAGAUCAAGAACUGUGUCGGCUACAGUAUCAGUGUUAUGAGUAGUGGUAAAGGAAGUGUUACCAAUGAUAGUAAUUGCAUCUCUGCCGGCAUAGGCUUCUCCCCAAGGAGUGUUCUCCAAGUUUCUGGUUGCAAUAGUUCACACCACAACUUCACAAACAGUACAGAGCUUGAACCAGGCAGGUGCCGGAGAACAGACGGCAAGAAGUGGCGGUGCAAGAGUGCUGUUCUUCCUGGUCAGAAGUAUUGCACCACUCACGUGCACAGAGGAGCUAAAAGGCGUUGUUCCACAGAUCAUGAGCCAGUCACUACUCCUACUCCUACUCCUCGCUAUGCCAAUACCAAUUCUCGGCCGAUUUACUCUGCCGCGAACAGGACAACGAUAACCGAAGCUCGGAAAACAGUUUGCACAGUUCCUAACACAAAACUUUCUAUGUCAAUCCCAGCAAGUGCACCAUUGAGACACAACAAUGGGAAGAGUCCUAAUAGGAGCAGUGACACAGACACCACCAUCACUGACACCAUCAAUGAGUGUAGCUAUGCUUCUUUCUAAGAAGCAGUAUUUUCAAUUUCAU